GAAUAUUUUUGAUAAACCUUCAAGAUUGUAGAUUUGCAAUAGAUACCAAGAUGUACUAAAGUAUUAUAUAUAAUAGAGCCGAUUUCACUUCUAAGAUUUCCCUUUAACUACAGUUUUAUAGACUUAUGAAGGAUAAAUGUCUGUUCCGAUGACAAUCUUGAACCCGAUGUAACGUAUCGGUAGCUGAUUCUCGCCAAUUAUCUGUUUCAGCACGUCAGCUGCAGCUUGCGAAUUUACCCAUAUAAUAAAUGAGGUCUCUCGGUUUUAGUAUUAAUGACGAGACCGUUCUAUUUUGCUUACAGCGAUAGUAAUAAAAUUAUAUAACGAGACCGGAAUCAUGGACGAUUAUAAAUCCGAAAAUUCAUCUGAUAUUUAUAGUCAGUUUGCAUUAAAAUUUCCUCAGUCAGUAGCGAAGUAUGUUAUCAAAAAGUUGAAAAAACUCAAUAAAGAUAACGAGAAUGAUUUAUUUGACUUAAUGGUGGAUGCUGGUUGCGGAACAGGCGAAUCUUCAAAACCAUUUUUGAAGUACUUUCGUUCUCUGGUAGGUUACGAUAACAGUGAAUUUCAAAUAGACAAGGCAAAAAAAUUGUGGGGAGAUGGAGAUACGAAAAUGACUUUUCAUGUUGCUGAUGAAUACAAUAUUCCAACUCCAGAUAAAUCUGUUGAUCUAGUCAUCUGUCACGAUGUCGUUCAUUAUAUGAAUUUUGAAACGUUUAUGAAAGAAUGCAAAAGAGUUUUAAAAAGUAGUGGGCUUAUUGCGCUAUCCGGAACAGAUUAUACCCAACUUUGGGCCAAAAAAGCAGAAGAUUGUGAAAUUCCCUUCGUUUCUGCGACGAACGUAUUAGAAAAAUAUUAUCUGUCUCCAACUAGGCAAUACCAAAUUGACAUCGACCAUCCAGCUUCCCAAUGGGCACUGAGAUACAGUGACCUAUACGAAUCAGUUGUGGGAUUUAAUAAGCACCGUGGUAAAGACAUUGAUACGGAACUUGCUGUCACUCUGGAGGAUAUGAAAAAUAUUAUGUUUCGGGUUCCUCUAAAUCGGAGAUUUCACGCAACGUUUGAACCGGAUAAAGCUCCUCUUGAUGUAUUUGGAGAAAAAUUGAAGCAACUUGUUGACAACCCCGAUGCAAAAGAUGAAGCCAUACAGUUACGAUUGACUGUUUCUAUAUUUAGUAUUUUUUUGAACUUUUGAUAUUACAGACAUUUGGCUGCUAAGACAAGAAUUACAGCUGAGAUGGCAAAGAGAAACCACGGUUCCAUUACAUUUGAACCCAUACUAACCUAACCCAUGGGUUUUAGCACCCGCAUAUUGAUUGAACCCGCGGAUAUACACAUGGGUUCAAAUGUACAUGGGUUCAAAUGUACGGUCACCAGAAACCACAUAUACUUGUAUUAGUUAUUGAUUGUAUACGUAUAAAUAUCUAAGUAUGUUGGAACAAAAUAUUCACUCAAAGGCGGUUCUAUUGCUGUGUCUCUAUAUAAAAGACUUUGUAGGGUAUAAUGAUGAUAUACAGGCUUGUGAUAAUCUGUUGCCAUCGAUACUAGGAUGACGAAGUAGCAAUAUUUAUCAAAAAUAAUUGGAUACAUUGGUUUAAUCAAGCAAUUUCAUUAAAUUCAAUAUAUGCACCGUGUGACAAUGACAAAUCUAUUUAUCAAGUUGAGCUUAUAGUUGAAAUUAGUGAAAAAAUAAGUCCAUGCUAAUGUAAGGUCCUCUACACUUCUUUUUAUUGAAUCCUUCGGGUUAAAAGCUGAUUUCUUAAAUAAAUAGUUUCCAAGUCUGCAAUAAUGUAUGCCGCCUUACUAAUAUUUGUCGGCUAUAUCCCAUACAAUUGGUGACGUGGAAUGAUUUCAAUAUAUAUAAAAAUUUGUUUUUCCAUUCAAUUCAUUGAGUAAUUGUUUUAUCCACCGAUACUUGCAGUUUCACAGAAUUCUGUCCAUUAAGUAUUGCGCAGUAAACAGGUCUCUUCGUUCACCCGGCCGUUUUGCAAUGGCGACAGCUCUGUUGGACCAUUGCUAUGUGCAUCUCUAAUGUCAUUCAACUUGUGAAACUGUUUUAUAUUCUUGUAAUAUACAAUUGCUGCUCCAACACAAUCCCCAAAUACGUUGACAGGGGUACGUAAUCUAUCUCUGAAAAUUUGAGAAAAUAAUUAGUGGCGUAUAAAGUAUUCAAAGAUAGAAAUGGAGCGUUCGAAAUUAUUAGUAGUGAUUCGGUGUUGACUGUUGACUUCAAAGGCUCAUAUAUAACAACCUACCGUAGAUCGUUCUUUAGGAAUGUUUGUUCCGCUGAGAACAAUACUGAAUAUAGGUUCUACUCGUACAAGCUUAUAAUAAAUAAAUAAUCAAACAUUUAUGUUUUACAAUA